AUGUUUCAAAAACAAGACGAUAUAGAAAAGACAAUCAAAAUCCUGGAGGAGCAGACCGCCAACAUUGAUGCCACUGACUGCCAAAAUGUAUGGUCAGAGUUAGAAAAGAAAAGACGGGAACUUGAAACCAUAAUCGAAUACCAGACAAAAGGAGCUAUUCUAAGAUCUAAAUUGCGAUGGUACAAUGAGGGCGAAAAAAACACCAAAUACUUUCUAAACUUAGAGAAGAGACACUGCAAACAAGGAACAAUUACCCAACUGAAAGUUAAUGACAAAGACUUAAUCCAAUCCGACAGGGAAAUCUUACACGAGUGCGAGACCUUUUAUAAAAAUCUCUACAGUUCAAGUUUUCUUUCCACCUACAAGAGAAGUAUUAAGUGA